UGCAGAUUUGUGGCAGAAUUUUAGGUUUCUGAAAAGUAUUGUUAACCUGUAUUUCGUAUUGUGUGAUUUUUGUACGCUAAAAUUGCGUAUUCGUAAUUUUGGGGCGGAUCGUAAUUUUUUAAUCGUUUGGUGAUGUCUUCGUUUACUGCUCUUCCGCUGAUUUAGGCUGUUAUGAUUGUCUCUUUACGUAACUUUUUCUCUCGAUUGUUUUGCUUUCUUCUCUCAAUUAUUGAGCAUCUUUCUGAAAUGGUCCAGUGAAAGGGGAUUUUGGCAGUCUUUUUUGUGAAUCGAUAUAAGGGCACCUCUCAGUCCUCGAUUAAAUAGGUAUUUGAGUAUUUCGGUAUUUCUUAUUGAGAUUUUGGUUAUUUAGGGAGUGUAAUCAAGCCUCUCAAAUUUUAGGAAUUUUGAAUUUGGGGAAUUAUUUUUUAAAAUCAAGUGGGAGAGGGUUUUUGGAGAUUUGGUUUGUUUAGAUCUGAAUGCUAGAGAAUGUGUCAUACAGAGGAGCUGGCAAAUGAUGUAGUUGGGCAGUGGGGUUUUUGACUUUGAAGCUUGUAAUAUAGAUUAAAAAAAGUGAGUGAAUUUUAGCUGUUAAAGAUUUGUUGGGAUGUUUGAAAAAAAGUGGGAGACUUUAUCUUUGUCCUCUUCUUCACCUUUAGGGUGCGUUUGAUUUGAUGAGAAGAGUAGGAAAAGGAUGGAAAAUGCUUACGUGGACCACUUUACCCACUGUCUGUUUGCAUUAGUUGUUUUUUACCAGGCCUGUUCGAAAAAAGACGGUCCGCUCGAAAUUAAUGUUACCUACUCCAAUUCAAUUGGUAACACUAACCUAUGCAAGAGGUGGUUUAGUGAAAGGGAGAUACAUUGUUCCACCAGAAAAACACCUCUUCUUCCCCUUUUACCCUCUCUCUCCAUCCCCUCCGCUGCUCGAAGCUCACCGCCGGCACACAAAAAAUCCGGCAUCGCCGAGAGGAAAACUCCUUAAAGCUCUCUCACCCCCGCAAAUCCGCGUUCGCCGUAGAGGGCAACUCCGAAUUUGCCGGAAGGUAAGUAAAAGUAAUAAUUUCAUGGUUGCUGGGAGGCGGUGGAGCUGUAAGGAGGGGAUUGGAUUAGUGGGGAUUCUUCGACGGCGGCGUUAGGAGGUGGGAGGAGUUCUUGCUGAAGGUCUAGUGAGAGUGAAUCUAUCGGCGGUUCGGAGAUGGCUCCGGCAGCUGUGGAGGUGGUCACUGACGGAACCAGCAAAGGGCAAGCCCCCGCUCCAGCGGCGGCUUUGGCCGGUGCCGUCCGCCAUUUCUACAGCAAUUUUUGACCUGCUGAAGAAUCAUGACCAUGAAGGAAAGUUGGAAGGAAACCACCUUUGAUUCAAGAUGUUUAGGGGGAGAGACUGAUGCCCUGACAUUCGAAAAUAAAGAAAGAUAUGUGUUAAAUGAUUCUAGAGUUGAUGCCAGUAUUACAGAAUUAGAGGCAAAAGAUCGAGAUAACUGUUCAAAUUUUAAAGUUGCGGAUGACUCCUUUGUUGAUGAUGAAAAUGGAACGUUGGCUUCUCCUUGGAAGGAAGGUCAAAAUGGACUCUCACGUCAUCUAGUCACAGAUAUUGGAACAAUGAAUUUUCCUGCUAAGGAAAGUAAAGAUGGACAAGCACGUAAUGGAAGCAGUUUGGAUAAGGAUGCAGAUUCAUUGUCUUCUGACUCGUGUGAUAUGGACAAUGAGCAGGGAAGUCCAGACCGUAAAAGUUUUGACACAGUUGAAGAGUUAGCUGGCUGUAAUGGAAGGGAUUCCAGAGAUUCAUGUUCUCCGUUGUUUACUGAUAAGAACGUAUUGGAAUGUGAUCUUCCUGUGUCGGAGGUUUGCUAUAGAGAGAUUGGUUGUCAAAUGUUGAAGGAUAUAUGUGUUGAUGAAGGGAGGUCUGAGAAAGAUUCAAAUGAAAUAGAAAGUUCUAUGCCUCCCCUGCCUCCUAAUGACAAUGUCGAUCUUGAGACUAAGGAAGAUCCAUCGAUGGAUGUCAAUAGCAUUACUGGUGAUCAAUGUGGGAGUAAAGAAGAAAAUGACACAGUAAAAUUCAUCUCUCAGGAAAAGCUAGAUUCUUACCUAGAGAAUGCAGUGGAGGCGAGCGAAGCAUGCUUUGAUGGAGCUUCCAAGGCUGAGAAUAAUUCUUCAAAUGGCUCCCUUGCAGAUAGGAAACUUCCAAAUGAAACUUUUGGUUAUCUGCCUGACCAGGUUCUUGAUCAAGAAGCAGUACCUGAAAGUCCUGCUGCAUCAUCAGCCGAAGCAGAAGGCACGAGGAAAGAUGUUCAAGCUAGCUGCCUAGCAUAUAAUAGAAAGGUUGACAAUGGAACCAUUAUUUUCCACUUCAGCUCCCCUGAUGGGGUGGUAGUUGGAAACAACGUGGCUGAAGAUUUUAUGGAACAGUCUGCUGAGUUGGGGGAUAUGCACAAGGAUGUAAAUGCUGGAGAUCUUCCAGCUGCUGUGGAAGCGAAAGUUCAGUUCAAAAGCAACGGAGAUGGUUCCCUGCAACAAUCCCUAGUAAGCAAUGAAGGGAAUUCUGAUAGUGGGACUGCGACAAAUGAAGGAUCCCUUAUUCAUAAGCAAGAGGAUUCUGAUGAUAUUCCCCUAGAUGAUGGCCCAGUCCAGUCUCCUAGCAACAAAAGCCCAGUAGCCACAAACGAUCCACUGGCUUCUGAGGCAAAUACUCCAAACCAUGAUAAGACGGAUUCUGGAGACGUUCCAGUUGCUAACCAGUUACAACAUGAUAUGGGUGAGACAAGCUUCUCUGCAGCUAGCAUGAUCGCUUAUUCUGGACCAAUAGCCUUUUCCGGAAGUCUCUCUCAUCGAUCGGAUGGCAGCACAACAAGCGGGAAAUCUUUUGCUUUCCCAGUAUUACAGUCCGAGUGGAAUAGCAGUCCGGUUCGAAUGGCAAAAGCGGAUAGGACAAGUUUUAGGAAGCACAAGGGUUGGAGAUCCGGUCUUCUCUGCUGUAGAUUCUGAGGGCUUUUGUGAUAGCUUUAUUAGUGAACAAAUAUACGUCUGAAAAUUUCAGAAAUGGAGUAUUGUAAGUAUGUGAGUCGAUAUUUAUACGACAGGUUUUUUAUUGUCACAGCUGUUUCCCCUUGA